UAAUUUUAAAAAAUAUUUAAUAAAAAGUUAAUAAGUUAAUAGUCAUGAAAAUGGCUGGACAUUCCAUUUUAUAUGAAGGAAAUACAAGUAAAACACGUUCGUUAUUGACCCUUCUUAUUGGACUGCUAAUUGGAUUUUGUAUCGCUGAGCUUAUAUCUUAUAUGACUAUAUCGGAAGAUAUUAAUCCGAAAAAUAUCGUAGCCAGCACUGCGUCGCCUAAACAGCAAUUGACCAACGAUGUUGGAAUACCAAAUUUAGGGGUGAUUGAACACGAACAUCCAUUCGAUAACACCUCAUUAUCUGAUCAGCUGAAGCGGGAGGUGCGUGUGCUCUGCUGGGUGAUGACCAAUCCCAGCAACCAUAAGAAGAAAGCCCGACAUGUGAAACGGACGUGGGGCAAACGCUGUAACAUUCUGCUGUUCAUGAGCUCUGCAGCAGAUGAGGAGCUGCCCACAGUCAAGUUGGAUGUGGAAGAAGGUCGACCGAAUCUGUGGCGCAAGGUGAAGGAGGCCUUCAAGUAUGUCUACAAGCAUCAUUACAACGACGCCGACUGGUUCUACAAGGCUGACGACGAUACCUAUGCAGUAAUCGAGAAUCUACGAUAUAUGCUAUAUCCCUAUAGUCCAGAGACGCCCGUUCACUUUGGCUUCAAGUUCAAGACCUUUGUUAAGCAGGGCUAUAUGUCGGGCGGAGCUGGCUAUGUGCUCAGCAAGGAGGCGCUGCGACGGUUUGUGGUCGAUGGCAUACCCGAUCCCAAGAUGUGUCUGCCGGGCACCGUUAUUAACGAGGAUAUUGAAAUUGGCAAAUGCAUGGAGAAUCUUAACGUGACAGCUGGCGAUUCUCGUGAUGUGAAUGGGCGUGGUCGCAUGUUUCCUUUUGUACCGGAGCAAAUGUUAAUACCCAAUAAAGAUCCAAAUUUUUGGUAUUGGAACUAUCAGUAUUACAAAACAGACGAUGGCCUGGAUUGUUGUUCGGAUAAUGCAAUAUCCUUCCACUAUGUCGCUCCCAACUUCAUGUAUGUUCUGGACUAUUUGAUCUAUCAUCUGAAACCUUUUGGUGUGGAGCGAUCGCAGCAAUUGCCCGCCAAACUAAAAGUGGGUGAAUUGAUGUCGCCGCCCAAGGAAGAACCCGCCAACAGCAAUGAGGACUCUGUGGAUGACUAUGAUAGAUUAUAUACACCUGCAGUGACAAUGAAUUCAAACGAACCGGAUUCAAGAGAAGUUAGCUCAAAUGAAAGCGGUAGGAAAUUUGCGAAUGGUGAGAAAAAUUAAAAAGCUGCGAAGAGAAAUAAAGCGCCUCGAAAAUGUAUAUAACGAAUAUGACUAGAAAAUAGAAAUAUAAUACUUAAAAUUAAACAUUCUUAUGUACUUAAAACAUGUAAUGCGCGAUUAAUUAUCGAUACGAAUAAAUACACUU